AUGCGUUCAAGCCGCGUGCUUGCUGAACAGUUGUCUACCGCCUCUCGUUGCACCAUUCCACGAGUGAGACAGACGAGGGGAUACGCACAGGCAAAGAAGACUCCGGCUGCAAAACAUCAAUCACAGGGGUUCAAGGGGAACAAGAACAAAGGCGAUGAUGCAAGAAAGAAGCUGAAAGUAGACAACGUUGGACUAUUUAAGCCACUUCCCGUUAACCAGCUGACGGACCCGGUCUUUAAAAGUGACUAUCGUAGCAGUCUAACAUUGCCGACCUAUUCCCCCGAGGCUUUGACUGAUGCGGCAAUUGGCUUGGCCAUGGAGUUCCCGAUGUCUGAGAACGAAGCUAUUCGCGCGUAUGGUGUUCCCAAGAACUUGUUGAUCGAGUUUCGCGUUUUGUCAAAACCGUGUUCCGUUGUUCGAGAUGUAACUUUGAAGGCUGUGGACACAUUAGAUGCCGCUGGCAUGACGCCAAGUCGUGAUACAAGACUUAUAAUGACUGGGCCGUCGGGCUGCGGUAAAAGUUAUCUUUUACUUCAAACAGUAGAGUAUGCUACGCACAAUAAUUGGAUCGUCUUAUACAUACCUAGAGCCAUUCAAUUGGUCAAUUCGUCUACGACUUACGUUUAUGACCCGAGGACCCGGACGUAUCAUCAGCCCGAGUACUCGUAUCAGCUGCUUCGACGUUUUUUGAGCGUCAAUUCAACGGCCCUCCAAAAUAUCACAUCUCGAGAAGAUCUUCCUCUCGGAGAUCACACUAUUCCUGCGGGUUCGCCGUUGACAGAGCUAGUGGAAGCUGGUAUACACAACAAAGACCUCGCCUCAGUUGUGUUGUCAGCGUUGAUGUCAGAGCUUUCACAACAGUCGACAUAUCCAGUUUUGUUAGCAGUCGACGAUGCCCAGGCCCUUUACGGGUACAGCUCGUACCGGGAUCCUCAUUAUCGCACCCUCAUGGCGCAACAUCUCUCCAUCCCUCGUUUACUUCUCGAGUAUGCCAGUGGCAAGAAGUCUUUCCCUCGGGGCGCAUUUUUCGGUGCGGCAUCCACUGCCCAUACCAGCUUCUUGAUGCCCCUCGAGAUGUGUGAGGCCCUUGGACUUCCUCCAUCGCGCCCAACGAGUCCAUAUACACCGCGCUCGCCUGAUAUGGUCAGCUAUGCACAAGGCCUGCGUAACUUUCCCGUGCCGGCGCAGCUCAGUAUCAACGAGGCGGCGGCGCUGUUCGACGUGUGGAUGUCCGACAACGCAUUGCAUUCAGGCGAAGUGCGACAGAACGGGGAGCUAGUGGCAGCGCCAAACGACGAGCUAUUCAUGACGAAGUACUGCGAGGCGAGUGGGAAUGCCCGAGCGUUUGUGUGGAAGGGACUGUUGUCUACACUCGGCUCGCUGUAG